UCGAUGCAAAUGGCGGUUCAUCCGUCGCCUAUACGAAGAAAAAUUGGUUUAUUGUUGAUUGACUUGCAAAGCGCUUUCGUAAACGGUGCAUGGAGGGCUUAUUUACCUGACGAAGAAGUUGAACCAAUCAAGAAAAGUUUUGAAAACUGUGCGAAACUUUUACGAUCGGGUUUGAACAAUGUUCCCCUACUGAUGACCCGCUGUCCUUUUCCAGGUGGUGACUUUGAGCUUGAUGACGGUUUGAAUUCUGUAGUUGAUAAAAAUCAACGAUAUGUUAUUAAACCCAGUACUUCUGUGAUGGAUGCUCGUGGUUUCAGAGAAUGGGUCGAGGAAGAAUUGCUGAAACAGGGAAUAAACACUUUGGUAAUGGGUGGCUGUACAACCACGAGUUGCGUGCGAGUCAGCUCGGUCCGAACUCAGAAGGCCUUUAGCCACAAAGGCCUUCAGGUUGUUGUUGAUUUAGGCUUGUGUGGUGCGAGAAAAACAAACAGUAUUCAAAGAUGUCCCAGUUGUCUCAAGGUGUACAUGGAAUGUGGGGAUUUUGAACCGUCACGCAAUCGUCAUUGCACAUGUGGUGGUAUUGAUGUUAGAAUGGCAUCACCUGUCGAUAAGGCUGUGCAGUGUAUGCAAGAGGAGGGUGUUGAGGUGUUGGAAAGUUUUGACUGGAAGCCAUACAUGCAUCAAUCGCCUGUCACUCAGUGAUUCAAUAGUAUUUGUAUAUCACCCAUGGGAUGUCAACAGGUCUCCCAAAAGUGGCCACUUUGUGCAGUUUUAAUCAAUUGCAUGCUGGUAAUUAAUUGUCGAGUUUCCAAUGGAUAAUCAGCAACCUUUUGCAUGUGACCUUUUUAUGCAGAUGAAAAAAAAAGCGUGCAUAAUGACCUGAACAAAAAUUGUCUCUAAAAUUAACAAUUUAAAAUGUA